GCUUCGUCCAAUCUGGCAACCGUGUUCAUGCUACACUACAGAGGCUGCUCUCGACAUCUCUCCACCAUCUCACAUCCCUGCUGGAACAUCGCACUUCUGUGCAUUUAAACCGUCUUCGCUUUCCAAAUGCAAGCCAUCAAAUGCGUCGUGGUGGGCGAUGGAGCCGUGGGUAAGACAUGCCUGCUCAUCAGCUACACCACCAACGCUUUCCCGGGAGAAUACAUCCCUACAGUGUUUGAUAAUUACUCUGCCAAUGUGAUGGUGGAUGGGAAACCUGUAAACUUGGGAUUAUGGGAUACGGCGGGGCAGGAGGACUACGACCGUCUCCGACCUCUCUCCUACCCUCAGACGGAUGUGUUUUUGAUCUGCUUCUCACUGGUGAGCCCGGCUUCGUUCGAAAAUGUCAGAGCAAAGUGGUACCCUGAAGUACGUCACCACUGUCCCAACACACCCAUCAUUCUGGUGGGAACCAAGCUGGAUCUGCGGGACGAUAAGGACACCAUCGAGCGCCUGAGGGACAAAAAGUUGUCCCCUAUCACCUAUCCUCAGGGUCUCGCUAUGGCCAGAGAGAUCGGAGCAGUGAAGUAUCUGGAGUGUUCGGCUCUGACUCAGAGAGGGCUGAAGACGGUGUUCGACGAGGCCAUCCGCGCCGUCCUCUGCCCUCCGCCCGUCAAGAAGAGAGGGAAGAAGUGUACAGUGUUUUAAAAAAAGAACACACACACACACACUCACACAGAGUGCAGAGUGUUUCACUUCAACACACAGUCAUCAUACUGAGUUCCUACUGGCCGAUUUGUUGAGACGGAGUAAAAACGUGACAGGUGAAACAUCACACACUGGAGUUUUAGAUAUAGCGCAGCGGGAUAAAAAUAGCGAAAGGCACAACACGGAAUCGUGCCAAAUUCCCUCUCAUCCCUAUUUCUGAACUCGAUUGCCUUAAUUGGUGCUUAAUUUGUGGUAAUGAGAAGGUCCUUGAUAUACACACCUUGCAUGCGCUAAUAUUUGGUUUUGUGAUAUGAUAUUUAACACACAAUAUUUGCAUUGUGGACAAAUUAAAUUAAACUAUUAUUUCAAGGCUAAGUGUCGCAAAUGUGUCCAUAAUGAGUCCAAAAAUGAGGAAAAGAUUGUAGAAAUUUGGAUAAAAAAAACCACACAAAUUAUAAAACGUAACGGAAAGUUAGACAAUUGUUGUGCUAAUAAAAAAAUUAAUACUGGCGCGCACACAGGUGUUUCUGAGUUGAGUGGGCGGAGCUUAAGUUAUAUUCGAUGAUCCAAUUGCAAACGUGAUCACAUGACAUCACAAUAAAAGUUUAUCUAACCUAGGCUAGCUUACUAUCACAGGCUAACUCUACUGGUUUUGAUUACACUAUAAAAUACCUAGCGUAAGUAUGUCUUGGUUAGCUAUAAAAAUUUGUAAUUAUGUCUUGGUUAGCUAUGUAACAUCAGGUAGCUACUGCUGGAUUGACAAAGUUUUUAGCAGUGUUUACAUAACUGAUAAAAUGUUAUAUUGUGUCUAUAAAUCCGUAUGGAAAAGAAGAAACUUUAAAAAUAGUGAUGUCUUUUUAUAAAGUGUGUGAUCAGCUAGUUAAAUACGCUCCGCCUACGUUGACUUAGACACGCCUGUCACUCACUAAAAUCAGGACAUGCAAAUGUCCAAUACACACACACUGUCCCCUGUACACAUUUCCUGAAUUCCUCUGUGGAAAUUUUCCUCUUCGCUAGGGCAUCGUUUUGUUUUUUUCUUCCUUAUUGAUCUGUGAAUGUGUCUGAAGUCUGUGUAAAUAGAUAUUGUGAAUAACUUGAGGAUCGAAUCGACGCCGUCUCUUGUUCUUGACUGUAAAGUAAAUCUAAAAUAAAAAUAUCGCCUACUGAAUACAGCUCUUUUUAAUUUCGGUGUUUGUGUGACUACUGUAUGUGAUGGCGUUUUACAGCACAAGAAAAAUGAAAGAGUGAUUACUAAAAUGUGUAUAUUUAAAGUCAGUCGGUGUCUGAAGCUCAGCCGGGUAUCAAAUUUACAGAAAAACUUUGGCCAAAAAUAAAAUGUGCACAGUUAUUUCCCCUUAGCGCAAAUGUAGCUGUGUUUUCUUUCAUUUUGCACUGGAGCUACAAAGGCUAAUCCGCUAACAAAGUAAUCUGGGUGUAGUUUAGUGUUGUGAAAACUGCUUGGAUCACACACUGGCCUCAAAAUGACUAUGAAGAGUUGUUUAGUAUGUGAAAUAGAUUUGCUGAUGUGGUUUCUGACGCCAUAUUACAUACUGUACGCUAUAAAAAUGAGUGAAAGGAUGUCACAGAGCUAACAACAGUCGGCCAUUUUGAAAGAGGAAUCUUAUUUUUUUCCUGGCAUUUGCGAAUUUGUGCUUUAAACAUGAUACACUUGCUGCUCAAGUGAUUAAAGUUGUGAGGACGGUGUUGCCAGGCAACAGGGAAACAUGGAUGCUGAUUCCAAGCUAGCUAAUGACUAAUGAGUCAUGACUGACUAGCUAGCAAGUCGUUGGUAAGUCUUUUAUGUGGACAAUGUUAAGUCAGAGUGACUGUGAAAAUGAGUAAAAAAUGUCAGGAAUGUCAACUUUUACCUCGGAUUUGUUGGUAUAUUAUUAAGAAAAUGCUCCAAACUUCUAAAAUGACACUUUUGUUAGUUAUCUCCAUUAGCGUUGUAGCUCCAGUGCAAAACUAAAGCAAACAUCAGACCCUCGACAUCUUGGCUGAUUUGGCGUGACAUGGAAACUGUGUACAUUUCACUUUUAGCCAAAAUUUUCUUUUUUGCAAGUUCUUUACAUUACAGUAUUGUAUACAUAUUUAAUUAAUGUCUCUUUUUUUGUAAACUGGAACUUUUUUUCCAUCCUUUGAAUUUUGCUCCAUAUUUUACAGUAUACUAGCUGAAAUGUGCCAUUGUGGAUUGUUUUUGUGUGGCUAGCAUGCCAAAUUUUCAACUUUAGACAAGAUAUGUGUCUAACUUUGUUUCUACUUUUUUGCCUUUUGAUUUUACUGAAAGUACCAUUUGUUGGUGUGUGUGUGUGUGUGUGUGUUUGUGUGUGUGUGUGAGAGAGAGAGAGAGAGAGAGAGAGAGAGAGAGAGAGAGAGCGCAAAACUGUUAGAGAUGUAAAAAAAAAAAAAAAGAAUACCAUGUGUUUUUCGGUGUUAUGACAUGAUGGUGGUUAUCCGCCUUAACCUUACAGUUGGCUUCUGUAGACACAAUAACAAUCAGAACCCCUUUUGAAUUGUUACUAAAAUGAACCUCGUGUGUAUGAUAUGAGUUUAAAACGUACGCAUUAAUAAAAGUGAGUCCUUGAAUGUA